GUUAUUGAGGUAUAAAGAUGAAGUGGACUCCACCAGAGAUAGAUGAUUAUAUUGAUAUCUUCUCAGUUGUGAAAGAUAACAGAGAAACAGAGAGUGAGCAACAUGAUAUCACUACUAAAACAUACUGUCGAGGUGUAACCCUAACACAGAUUGGUAUACCACGUCUGCCUCACGGUAUUAGAAGUAAAGAUGUAUCUUCAAAUAAGAUUCACAUGCAAGCAGCAUUUAAUGCAUUACCUAAGAGUAGAGGCCGUGGGAGAGCCAAGAUGUUAGAAGAAAGAGAGGAUCACUUUAUGAGGUUGAAGAAAGAUUUUAAUGAUGCUAUGAAUUGUUUAGAGAAUAUUGAUACCUCUUCUACCAUAGAUUCCAUCUCCAUUGAUGGUUGUUCAGAAACUAGUUCCAUGUUUGGUGACUGUGAAUUAAGUGAUUCUGACGAUGUUAUUGGUCAAUCAAUAUUGUUACCAUCCCAAAGAAAUAUCAAACUACCAGAAAGACCAUUUGUUAAACCAAAUCAUUAUAAUUUCAACUCUGUUGAUGAUUUUCCUCUGUUGGGUAGUCAGGAUUCAGACGGAUCGUCAUCUUUCAAGGUAGCAGCUAAUAAAAAGAAACCUGGUAAAAGAAAACCAAAAGAAGUUCAACGUUCAUCGAAACAGUGGAUAAAAUCAGAACCUAAUAAGAAAGGUGUCAAAUCUAAGUUUGUUAAUCAUAAUUCUAACCAGUCAAACAUUGCAGAUUUUGUGAUCUCUGAUAAAAAAAAGACUGUUAGUUCUUCCCGAAAGGGAUUUCCAAUUCCACGUAAAGGUGUUGAAACUACGAGGGCAAAUUCUAUGAAGUCAAUAAACAUUAAUCCGGGUAGAACUGUGAAUUUGAAUUUUUCCAUCGUUAUGGAAAAUGAUGAUCUUAAUCCUGCAGUGGUAGCCAAAACUUUAAAUUCUCACUCUGGAGUAGAUAGCAGAGAUCAACUGAACUGCAAUUCUGAUGGGAAUAUAUGUCAAGAAUAUACACCUCAUGACAGUUUUGAUACCAUUUCAACCAACUUAGACAUUGUCUCUAAUACUUUUGGUUCUUUCUCGCGCCCACACAGUUUAAAUAAAUUGGAAGACUUGGAAAAUAUUUCUCAAGCCUCUCAGGGUUUCCCUAGCAUACCAAAAUCAAUAUUGGAUAGUUCUAAAUGUGGUAAACAAAACUUAGUGGCAAAAGUGAAACCUACAGUGACUAGUACUCUCAAUAAUCUCAAUUCUACAAAUACUGGAGCUUGUGCUUUAGAAAAUAGCCAAAAAAACACUCAGCCUACUAGUAAUACUAUGUUAGAUUGGAAGAUUACUGGUCCAUGUGUGGUACAGUUAGAAGGAAUUCCCAUUGCUUGUGAUAUAGAUAUUCUUGAUGACACUUUAUGGAAUUUUGGUCAGAUUGAAGAAAGUCAAGUUCAGGUUAUCGAUGGCAAAUAUGCCGUAAGAUAUAGAUUCAGUACAGAAGAUGCUUGUGAAUGGGUUGUUUCAUCUUUACAUGAUACAGACAUGUUAUAUCCAGAUUCACAGUCUGUAUUGGUUUGUUUUAAAGUGCAAUAA